CUUAUUAUAAAAUUAAAUAGCAGAGAUUAAGCAACUUGUUUAAUAAUUCAUGAUUUGAUGGCAUGUUUAAAAUAUGCUUAGCAGAUUAUCGCUUUAAAACAGCUUAAUAAUGUCAUAUGUAUUGACAACGGAAUGCUUUAAAGUUCGGUCGUUAUUUGUGGUAGAAUUAUUGAUUAUCAAAUACACAAAACUUUAAACGGAGUGUGUACAUUCAAAGUGAGAAGUUUAUUGUCCGCAAGCAAGUACUUGGGCUUCCUAAAAGUACUAUGUUUUGCUGAAAUGUUGUCAACAGCACUGUCGUUUGUGUUGUAAAAUAUAAACAGGGUACCGUAAUAUAGGUAACAAAAAGGCUCCGAAACGAAAUAUUAAUGCAAUAUAUGGAUAUAGACAGGAAUGUUAUCGAUCGAUGUUAUUCAGUAAAAUCUUAUUCUGUGGAAUUUCAUGAGAAGUCCGUGUUUUACAUCUGAUAUCUUUAGAGCGGAAGUCCCUUUUUUGCAUCCGCCAUGCUGAGCAGUCUGGUACCCGGGUCCAUCUUCCUGUCACCCGGUCUCAACCGGAAAUCCACACCGACGCCACCAAAUAUAACACCUGCCGAGUUGGACAACAGAUACCGGAGGGCAGAUUUUAAUGGUUCCGGCUGGCCCCACGACAGUCCGAUUGCGCGCGCAUACGACGUGUCGAACACGAGUACCAAGCUUAUCAUACUAAACAACAAAUAUGGACACGAAGGAACUCGGCUCCGUGGGUAUUAUACAGGUCCCUCAAAACCAAACAGACACAUUGACCCAGAAAGACAUUUAUCCCAAAGAGGUAAAAGUCCACGGAACGCAGAACGGCACAACCACUGUAUUAUAUCGAGCACCCCAAGGUUUGAGCCCUCGGUGAAAACAUCCAUAGAGUGGCUGAACUCAUCGGAGAGACCACCCAACGCCCUCAUAGGGUCCUACUUACAUGCAACCCGAUCAGCAGUGAACCACCGGCGCCACGCCAGCUGCAUGACCGCGCCCACACAGGUCCCUUUUGAGAGCCGCCCCGUGAGCCGCGUGCCCAUGCCGCCCUCCAAGUACUUCAGCGAGUUCUCGGACAUGACGGUUGGGGAGAGGCUGUACCUAUGGAGCAUAGAGCGCAUCUACCGCAUGGACAAAAUGAAGGAACUGAAACAGGAGCAGUACCGGAAACUGGUCGAGCUGGAGGUGAAGAAAGGUCAACAUGGACCACAUGAAUACGCGCGGUACUUGCGUUAUAUUGAUGCCGCUAAGAAGCGGACCUACGGAACAGAGACUCCGUCAUUACCAAGAUCAAGGUCAAGAUCGGCUUUCUCUUCGCGGUCUAAGAGCGCUGCCAGUUCCAGGGUGAGCCAAGCGAAACCCGGUGACAGCGCUGAUAAAAAGCAUAAGGAGGAGAAGUUUGUAGAGCAGCCAGAGCGUCCGAAAACUCCAGUAAACCACUCUGAACAGAAACCCAAGACAGAAGAGUCAAAACCGGUCGAUGAGAAGACAGAGCGUCCGGGAAGCACACAUUCAGAGAAACGAAUUGCGCCUCAACCCCCGAUAAGUCCGUACUCGUCCCCAGUUCAAAGUCGGGCUUCCGUCACGUCCCCAAUACCGCGAACUCGAAGCCCGAGUCAGCAGUCAGUGAGGUCUAGAACCGGAAGUAGGGGAUCAAGUGUCGUCUCCGUCAGAAGCGCGAGGAGCGAGAAAAGUGCGAAUAUUGAGAAAAAUGUAAAAAUUGAGAAAAGCGUUGGGAAUGAGAAAGCUGAGGAGAGCGCCGACCCGGUACCGACAAAGUCAGAAAGCGGGGAUUCCGGCAACGACGAACCGGUUGUUAGUAUGCACAAGGAAGGUGUGGACCGCCCGAAAUCGAGGCUCGGACACACUCACUCGGAUGACGUUGAUAAGGAAUCAAUUUCAUCACGCUCGAGUUCAUCAAGCUCAAGUUCAUCAAGUUCAAGCUCAUCAAGUGAAGACACCGACGACGAGAAGGCUAAAAAGAUUGAGGAACACGAGGAAAAUACUGAACUAAAUGAGAUAGAGGCCGUUCAACAAACGAAUCAACCGACAGAAACACAGUCCAAAGAGAAUGACAACUUGGGAAGAAAAGCUAGCGUAAGUAGUAUCAAAUCACUAAACGGAAAUGAAACGGAAAAUAAUCAUGAAACUGCUAUAGACUCGAACCAAACUGAUGAAAUGAAGUUCAACAGCGAUCCAGGCACAGGAUUUCUUCAAGAUAAUGAAACGACUGCCGUUGCGGAAGAGGUUGCUGAUCAAAAGGGUAACACUGAGGCUUAUGAAAUCAAUUAUGGCUCGGUUGCAAAACUAGCUGAUGAAUUUAUCGACGAUAAGAAAGACGAGAAAAAGCUUGAUGCAGUAAAAGAAGAACCAGAACUUGUGAACGAAAGCGUACAAAAUAAGACUGAUGAUGAUAAAGUCGUUGAGGAAGACGUUACAAGAAACAAGCUUGAGAGGCAAAAUUCGUUUGAUGCGGACGACGGGGAAAACCAAGUUAAGGACCCUGAAAAAAUAGAAUAUUAAGUAAUUUUAUAUAAUAAUCACGUACUAUUGUUUGUAAGAUAAACAUUUAGUUGUUUUGAUUUCAAUAUCGCGUAACUUAACAAAAUUUAGCUGUUUAUUGUUAUUGUGUUUUCUGCUUAGAUUAUUGUUGUGUUUUAUCAAGUAUUCCGAAUUACUGUAACGCGAGAUGUUGUAGCGUUGUUCUUUAAUAUUUUAGGAAAUAUAAAACCCAUGAAAUGGA